AUGUCUCAUGUAUCAAUGGCUGGAUAUAAUACAAUGAAUAGAAUAUUAAAACUUUACAAAUUUGCUUUUGCCGAUGAUUAUACACUAACUAGUGCUGGAUUGCUUUCAAUCGAAACAACAAUUGCUGUUUUUAAUGAACCUUUGUAUGAAAAAGUAAAAGAAAACAAACAUUUACAUUGUUGGUUACGUUCAUAUCUUGCUAAUCGCUUAUCUAAAACUGCUCGGGAUUGGGUACAACUGUUUGGACGUUAUAAUUCUGGCACUUAUAAUAAUCAAUGGACUGUUCUCGACUAUAAAUUAUUUAAACCAAAACAAGAAUUACCCCAAACAGAUUUAAUUUGGAUUUUGGAACAAAUUCCAGGCCUUGUAGUUAGUAGAGACGUUACUUGGUUUAUUAAAAGUUAUGGUUAUUGGCCUUCUUAUAAUAUUCCCUUUUUGUCUAAAAUAUCUGAAUUGAGUGGAUUUAGUGCUAAAGGACAAAUAAAUAAUUGGUGGAGAUGGGGGUUUACACCUAGAGCUAAAAUAUUUCACAGAGAUCAUAAGAAAGUUAAAGAUUUGAAAACAUUGAGAGAAUUAAUGCGUUAUAACAAUUACCAACAUGAUGAAUAUUCUCGUUGCAAAUGUACACCACCAUAUUCCGCUGAAGCAAGUAUUUCAACUAGGGGAGAUCUUAAUAGACCUGAUGGAAAAUGGGAAGUGCCUGGAAUGGGUUUUAGAAAUCACGGUUCUAUUGACUAUAAAGGAACUAAUUUUGAAUUAUUUAAACAAUUACGUUUUGAGGUAGUUGGAGGGCCGACAUAUGGAGGGCCUGGAAAUUUGCCUUAUUUUAGUUGGGCAACAACAAAAAUAAAUACAACACAUUUUGGGCAACCAAUAAAUUGGAAUUUUACUGAAUUUGCUACUCAAUGGACAACAAAAAUUCCUAAAAAUAUUAUUUAA